AUGAGGGUUUUAUUAUUAGUAAGGUUGCCGGCGUCCCUGAGUACCACUGGAUACGAGUCCAAGGCGUGGAUCCGCGAACUGGAAGCCCCGCCCAUGCCCGCCUCGAAGCGUCGCCGUCCCUGGAGCAGCUCCUGGGGGGAGCAGGAGCGCUGGGCCAGCUCGUCCAUCUCGUCCAGCCGGGUGAUGCAGCUGUUGCUCCGAGACCUGGACGAGCUGGGGUGGGACAGCCUAGAGGAGCUUGACCAGGUGGGCCCGGUAAAUGCAAGGUGCGCUCAACCAAGUAAAGGAUCCGAAAGGCUCAAGACUCAAAAAGCCCCCUAUUUCGGUCAAUUUCGGUCAAAGGCUCAAGACUCAAAAAGCCCUAUUUCGGUCAAUUUCGGUCAAAGGCUCAAGACUCAAAAAGCCCCCUAUUUCGGUCAAUUUCGGUCAAAGGCUCAAGACUCAAAAAGCCCUAUUUCGGUCAAUUUCGGUCAAAGGCUCAAGACUCAAAAAGCCCCCUAUUUCGGUCCGGUCAAAGGCUCAAGACUCAAAAAGCCCCCUAUUUCGGUCAAUUUCGGUCAAAGGCUCAAGACUCAAAAAGCCCUAUUUCGGUCAAUUUCGGUCAAAGGCUCAAGACUCAAAAAGCCCUAUUUCGGUCAAUUUCGGUCAAAGGCUCAAGACUCAAAAAGCCCUAUUUCGGUCAAUUUCGGUCAAAGGCUCAAGACUCAAAAAGCCCUAUUUCGGUCAAUUUCGGUCAAAGGCUCAAGACUCAAAAAGCCCCCUAUUUCGGUCUUCGGUCAAAGGCUCAAGACUCAAAAAGCCCCCUAUUUCGGUCAAUUUCGGUCAAAGGCUCAAGACUCAAAAAGCCCUAUUUCGGUCAAUUUCGGUCAAAGGCUCAAGACUCAAAAAGCCCUAUUUCGGUCAAUUUCGGUCAAAGGCUCAAGACUCAAAAAGCCCCCUAUUUCGGUCAAUUUCGGUCAAAGGCUCAAGACUCAAAAAGCCCCCUAUUUCGGUCAAUUUCGGUCAAAGGCUCAAGACUCAAAGCCCCCUAUUUCGGUCAAUUUCGGUCAAAGGCUCAAGACUCAAAAAGCCCUAUUUCGGUCAAUUUCGGUCAAAGGCUCAAGACUCAAAAAGCCCCCUAUUUCGGUCAAUUUCGGUCAAAGGCUCAAGACUCAAAAAGCCCCCUAUUUCGGUCAAUUUCGGUCAAAGGCUCAAGACUCAAAGCCCCCUAUUUCGGUCAAUUUCGGUCAAAGGCUCAAGACUCAAAAAGCCCCCUAUUUCGGUCAAUUUCGCAUUUGUACGGCAGCGGCGGUGGCGGUGGCGGCGGCAAUGGCUGGUGGGCAGCGGCCCCGGGAGCACCUGAGGGCUCUGCCGGGACACCUACCGAGCAGCAACACCGGCAACAUCAACACCACCACCAUCAUCAGCACCACCAUCAACAGCAGCAUCAGCACCAGCCGGCAAGGGGAUGCUGUCUCCGCCCACCAGCCUCUCUGGCGGUGCUUGGACCUCCUGGACCGCCGUACACGUGUACUGGAUCCACCACCCUCCGUGUCCGCCUCCCGACGCCACCUGGGGGGCCCCACGCGGCGUGUGGCGCUGGGCAGUACGGCAGUAUCCCUGCAGCUGCGGCUGGACCCUAGCGACCCGCUGGGCCCGCCCCCGCCUGGGGGAGUGGCCUUCCUAGGGCCCCCCGAGGCGGCGGCGCAACUGAGGGAAGGCUUCUUCGGGCGGCUGCACUUGUGGGACUGGAAUAGCGACAUCGUGGAGAACUUGGAGAUGCUGCUAGGUCAGCCUCUCCCGGCACCGCAGGGCACCCGUGGUGGUGGUGAUCCCUGGAAGGAAGUGGAGGAGGACGAGUGUGAGGGUGAGGACAGUGCGCCACAGCAGCGCAUGGCAGAGUGCCCGAUCUGCAUGAUGCACCUGCUGCCCGUGGGGGACGAUGACGAUGGCGAGGAUGAGGAGGCCAUGACCGAGAACACUGAUGGUGAUGACGCUGAUGCUUUUUACCUGCACGGCAGAGGUGCUGGUCGUGGUGGUGGUGCUGCUGCUGGUGGUGGUCGUGGUGGUGCAGCAGGCAGCGGUGGUGGUGCUGGUGCUGGUGCUGGUGCACUGCGGGGGCUGGUUCCGGACGUGGUGUGCCCCACACCAGCGUGUGGCCUGACCUUCCACACGCCCUGUCUAGCUGAGUGGUUGCGAUCACUGCACGAUACGCGGGUGUCCUUCAGCAAGCUGUUUGGCAGAUGCCCCUUCUGCAGCAAUCCAAUCACCCACUCCAGGAUCACAUCCAUCGAGCACCCACCCAUACAGAAGCCGGACAAGAGCAUCGACUCCGCAUCACUGCUUUUUGUUCCAGUCCUGAUACGCCGCAUGGCCUCCAGCAAAACUGACGCAGGCAUGAGUACAGUACAGUCAUCGAUGUGUAGCAAUGUAGCCUGUGGAGACCGGUAA